UGGCCCGUGCAAACGCUUCGAUCCGAUCCACGAUUAGUCCAGGGGGAUUGAGGGAACUGCCAAAUCAAAAUGAAACUGGAAAUGGAAAUGGAAACCGAAAUCCAAGCGUUUUACAGAAACAAAACCAUUUUCAUAACUGGAGGCACCGGAUUCUUGGGAAAAGUCAUCAUUGAGAAGCUUCUGCGUACCACGGAGGUGAAGCGCAUUUAUUCGCUGAUUAGGAAAAAGCGUGGACAGGACAUACAGGACCGUAUAGCCUUGUGGGAAAAAGAGCCGAUUUUCGAGUUGCUCUUACAGUCAAAGCCUGAGGCUCUGAGUCGCGUAGUGCCCAUCGCCGGAGAUUGCCUGGAACCCGAUUUGGGCAUAAGCGACACAGACCGAAAGCUACUCUCAGCCGAAGUGCAGAUUGUCAUUCAUGGAGCAGCCACAGUGCGGUUCAACGAGCCGCUGCACGUGGCACUGGCCAUCAACACUCGUGCCACGCGACUAAUGGUGCAGCUGGCCAAGCAAAUGCUGCAACUUGAGGCAUUUGUUCAUGUGUCUACAGCCUACGCCAACUGUGUGGUGGACCACAUCGAGGAGAAAUUUUACCCUGACCUUCUGACAAGCAGCUCCGAGAAGGUGCUGGAGAUGACUGACCAGCUGAGUGAUCAACUGAUCGACAACAUGACCUGCGAGCUGCUCGGAUCGUUUCCGAACACUUACACCUACACCAAGGCCCUGGGCGAGGAUGUGAUCCUGCGGGAGGCGGGCGAUCUGCCCAUGUGUGUCUUCCGACCAGCCAUAAUAAUUGCCACCUCCCGGGAGCCCGUGGCGGGUUGGAUUGACAAUCUUUACGGACCAAUCGCCUUGUUAUAUGGCGUCGCCUACGGGAUCCUGCGCAUUGCGCUGGUCGAUGUAAAGGCGCAGAACAGUGUGGUGCCAGUGGACUACUGUGCCAAUGUGGCCUUGGCGAGUGCCUGGAAGACGGCAGCUGUGAGAACCGUGAGCUCUGCGCCCCCUCCGAUCUAUAAUUUUGCGCCCAGUGAGGAGAACCUCUUGACUUAUGGCGAGUUCAGGGACAAGACGCAGUCAAUUGGCGAGAACUAUGCAGUGUCGAAGAUGAUCUGGUAUCCGUUCCUGCACUGCAUGACCACUGCCUGGCUGUAUCCCCUGGCUGCGUUCUUCUAUCACACUCUGCCCGGCUUUGUGGUGGAUCUGGCGCUACGUACUGUGGGCCGAAAGCCGCGCCUCUUGCAAAUAUACCAGAAAAUACACAUAAACAUGAAGCUGUUAAGGCCAUUUACAUGCCGCAGCUGGAAGUUUGAUGCGAUGAACAGAGAUCAUCUGUGGCAAUGUAUGACGCCACAGGAUCGGGAGCUGUACCACUUUGACAUGCUGGCUCUGGACUGGGAUGAUUAUUUUACGCGUGCCCUGCGCGGCAUGCGGGUCUACCUCUGCAAGGAGCCACCCACUCCCGCAUCCAUUGCCGAGGGUCAGCGGAUAUGGAGGAGAUUUCACCUGCUGCAUCGCACGUUGCAGCUGUUCCUUGUUGGCAGUGCUGCAGCUCUCAUUUGGUCACUUCUCAGUCUCGUUGCAUCCCUUUAAAACAAAUACUUGAAUCAAUUUGAAAAUAUUUAAGCAUUAAGCUAACUGGUACUCUA